CCUAUACCACACCCAGCGGAUUCUUCUGAGAUUCCCCUCCAUCGUACCCAAAAGUACAAAACCUUCUUCCUGAACCGUUGGAAUGUUGGUUUUUUUUUUUUUUUAAUAAAUUAAACGUAUAAGCUACCCAAUCUCCCGUUUCCCGAAUUAGGGGUUACGUAGAUUCUCCGAAAUAGGGGUUACGUAGAUUCUCCGUCUGCCUUGAUGUUUCAACUAACAAAAUUGCAUCUUGAUAUUUAUUCACCGGCAAUGAUACAGCGCCGUUCUUCUUUUGGUUUAGUCAAGUUCAGUCAUUGGUGGAUGAACUUAAGUUAGGGUUUUGUAUUGUGUAGAACGGACCUCAGUUUUGGUAGCUUCCCAGCUGUAUUAUUCGUAAAUAGCCGUUAGAUUGCUUAGUACACCAUUGAUUGAACUCCUUUGUUGUAUCUUUUAAGAUAUACACUAUAAUUUACCGGAACUAGUCAGAGAAUGAAGCACCAGAAAAAGAAAACGAAGGGUCCCAAAGCUCCCAAGGAAUGCGAGGUUAGCAAUAUCGGAGAUUCUCCAUGGGAUGGAGAGAUCAUGUGGAUGAGAUUAUUGGAGCCUUUCGCCUCUGUUUCAAUUGACGAAGCUGCAUCAGCUUACAGGGAAGCUAAUGGUGACCUUAACAGGGCCGCCGAGAUUCUCGGGAAUUUAGGGGAAACUGCAGAGGAUCAAAGCACUACCUCAUCGAUCUCGAGAUGGUAUGCUAGUUCGAGUUCAUCCGAGCUGUCUGAAGAGGACCAUUGUGCUCAAUACAGGGUGUUGCAGAAGAGUAAGAUGAAGAAGUUCGUAGCUUCUGCUGGGACAGUUUCCACAGUGUUGGGGAAGGACUGUGUGAGCUCUCUGCCAAAGAAGCAAUUGUCUGGACAGAAGAAGUUUGGUUUGGAAAGCUACAGCAAGGAAGAAUCUGAGCAGUUUUUAUGCUCAAUGCUGGGAGAGGAGUGCCAUUUGAGUUUAGCUGUGAUUAGAGACGUGCUCUGUGAGUGUGGAUAUGAUUUUUAUAAGGCUCUGAACAUUUUGCUCGAAUUAUCGUCAUCAUCAUCAUUUGAGCAAUCUGAUAAGAGAGAAGAGGGUUUGUUACCUCCUGAAUCAAAUGAUAAUUUGACCAACAAAAUUUUCUGUUCUUCUUACUCAUCUAGAAGCAACAUUCAAGAACAAAUGUUGUAUGCUGGAAAUCCAUCCAGGGAUCAAUAUAAAUUGCUGCAUGAGAUUGAGCGUUCUUCACCACCCCAGGGAAAUUCAGAGUCACAAGUCUCAAAGGACGUUCUGAAUUCUUUGUUUAAUGUGCCCACCCUAAAGACGGUUGAACAUGUGCCGGGUAAUGUAAAAUGGAGAGAUGUGGUGACAAAAAUGACAUCCUUGGGACUCAACUCUGAACCUUCCCCUGCGAGCAGUGUUAUACACAUUCAUAACUAUGCUACUAAAGGAGAGGAGUACCAGAUUUUCAGAGAAGCUUCAACACGUCACUGGGAAUCAAUGAAGUCAUGCUAUCAAAAGGCUGCAUCAGCUUUUUCAAAUGGUGGACGGCAAUAUGCUUCUUAUCUUGCUGAUCAGGGCAGGACACAAAACAAGAAGGCUUUGGAGGCUGAGGAAAAGGCCAGUCAGAAUAUUUUUGAAGCCAGAAAUAAGAGCAUAGAAAAUUUGAUUACCAUUGACUUGCAUGGGCAGCAUGUUAAACAAGCAAUGAGGCUCUUGAAGCUUCACCUUCUUUUUGGUGCAUAUGGACGCUCUGUGCGGUCAUUCAGGGUAAUCACCGGAUGCGGGGGGCAAGGCCUUGGGAAGUCUAAGCUCAAACUCGCGGUGUUGAAUCUAUUAGAUAAUGAAGGGAUUGAGUGGAGUGAGGAGAAUAGGGGAACAUUGCUCAUCAAGCUUCGAGGACAAACAAAUUUAAGCUUCCCGGAUACUCCUGAUAGUGAUGACGAGUGAAUGUCAGAAUAUCUCACUUUAACAUCUGUGAGGGAUUGCUAAUAGAAUUAAUAACUCAACCUCCUCUUUGCUAGACUUUUAUCUUCUGUCGUAAUUCAGGGAGUAUAAAUGUAGUUAGGCUUAGGUUGUGGCAUGGUGCUGCUGACCUCUCGAUACAUCAUGUACUUAUAUAGUACUGAUUCACCGGCUUACUUUUAUAUAAAUAUAUAUAUAUAUGCAUCAUCAGUAUACUAUACUAGUUAUUAUUAUAUAUGUUCACACUUUUUUAAAUAUCCUGUAUGGAUGUAGUGAAAGCAAUUCUGGG